CCAUGGGCCAGACCUCGGUGUCCGCGCUGUCCCCGCAGCCCGGCAGCGUUGAUGGACUAGACAAAGCGUCCAUAGCAAACUCAGAUGGCCCCCCAGCAGGUUCCCAGACACCUCCCUUCAAGAGAAAGGGGAAACUCUCCACCAUUGGUAAAAUCUUCAAGCCUUGGAAAUGGAGGAAAAAGAAGACCAGUGACAAAUUUAGAGAGACCUCAGCAGUAUUAGAGAGGAAGAUAUCCACCAGACAAAGUAGAGAGGAGCUGAUAAGAAGGGGCCUGCUUAAGGAAUUGCCUGAUCAAGAUGGAGAUGUAACAGUUAACUUUGAAAAUUCAAACGGGCACAUGAUACACAUCGGAGAGGAAGCUACCCAAGAGGAGAAUGUAGGGAAACCUGAAGAAGGGAAUGGCUCUGUGUGUGAGAAAACAUCACCUCGGGAGGAACAGGCAGAAGAGAAGCCAGAGAACACUGAAAUCCACUCUGAAACACCGGCUGCUCCUGCUUUAUCUCCUACAACUCCUCCUAAACCUAAACCCAAACCUAAACCAAAAAAAUCUCCUGUGCCUCCUAAAGGGGCCACGGCUGGGGACAGCCACAAAGGGGAUGAAGUGCCUCCUAAUAGGAAAAAUGCCAAGGCUCCCAGUAAGCAGGCCCCCAUCCCUCCACCCAAGCCAACAAGUCGAAAUACAUCCCGGGAGGCUGCUGGUUCUUCUCACCCGAAGAAAACAACCGGCUCCAAAGCAUCAGCCUCACCAUCUGCUUCCUCCACCUCCUCCCGUCCCAGAGCACCCAAGGAUUCACUUGCUGGCAAAGCAGGCUUGGGGACCGCAAGGGGCAAGAAAAAGAUUAGCAAGCAGCCGGCGGUGGCCCGACUCUCCCCCAGCACAACCACAUCUGACACGUCCAGUCUUAAAGGGGAGUUUUCAGACACUGGGGUAGAGAGCCUCAAACCGGAGGACACUGUCUCUGGAGCACAGGGGCAGGCCACAGGCAAAUCCAAGUCGACCUUCACUCUGCCGCCUGUCACAGUACCGCCAUCCCCACCUGCCCUUCCUCUGCCCCCUGAGGAUCAGUGCGCUGCUGCCGUGGUCACUCCCAUGGUCCUAGUCAGUGAUGGACCUACCCUGCCGGUCUCUGCCUUAGACACAAGUCAGCUCCUUUGGACUGAAGAACCAACGAACAGAACGACUCCGUACUCAAGCACCGGCUUAGGUGGGAGCAGAGAACUGGCAAAAUGUUUUACAACCAAAGAUGAGCUGGGAAAGGCUGGACCUCAGUUGCUGACCCCUGGGCAGGUGGGAGACUCGUCAGAAUCCUUCAGUGCUCCAGAGGAUGAGGCCCCAAGAGAGUACCAAGGCAAUGACUCUGACUCAGAUGGACCCAUCUUGUACACUGAUGAUGAUGAUGAUGAUGAAGAGGAUGAUGAUGAUGAUGAUGGCAGUGGAGAAAGUGCAUUGGCAAGUAAGAUAAGACGAAGAGAUACCCUUGCCAUCAAACUUGGCAACAGACCAUCCAAGAAAGAACUGGAGGAUAAAAACAUUCUUCAGCGAACAUCUGAAGAAGAAAGGCAGGAGCUGCGACAACAGAUCGGAACCAAACUGGUCAGGAGACUCAGCCAGAGGCCAACAACAGAAGAAUUAGAGCAAAGAAACAUCUUAAAACAAAAGAACGAAGAAGAGGAGCAAGAAGCAAAAAUGGAACUCAAACGGAGGCUCAGCCGGAAGCUCAGCCUAAGACCUACCGUGGCAGAGCUACAAGCCCGAAGGAUCCUACGGUUUAAUGAGUAUGUAGAAGUGACAGAUUCCCCGGACUAUGACCGCCGAGCGGACAAGCCCUGGGCCAGGUUGACACCUGCAGACAAGGCAGCAAUAAGGAAAGAACUAAAUGAAUUUAAAAGCACAGAAAUGGAAGUUCAUGAAGAGAGUCGACAGUUUACAAGGUUUCAUCGUCCAUAAUGAAGCGUGGGACUGCUCAGAAAUAAAGACUGAUCAUCCCUGGCAGAAGCCCUGCUUCCUGAGACCCUGACAUUGCACUGAGAUUUGAAUGUGUAUGUUUCCGUUUCGUUGUGGUGAAGGAGGUGUACGACUCGGCUUUGGUUGAGAGUGCUCCUCACCUGGACAGCUCAGAAGAGGCCAACAAGCUGAGAGCCAGAUGCAGCAAUGGCUGCCCACAGUGUGCACCGAUGUAAGAGCCACUCUGGUUCUCUCAGCUGUUCCUCAGCAGGAAUUUUAAUCAAAGAAGACAAGCAGAAGACAAUCGCCAGUUCAACUACCAGAAAGCCAACCGGUAUAGCUCCUGUGGGUUCACAAACAAUAGAUACUGGAAUUACUGGUGGUCACCCCAACAGGGUGAACGCUAAAACUAAGAAAGAAAGAGAACUGUUUCAUUAUGUUAAUGAAGAGAGGAAGAAUGGAGAGAAGUAUAUUUUUGAAGUAGACAUUUGGUAGCUAAGAACUUCCUAAGGGAUUUGGGAACCUACUCAACCAACGUAGAUUCCUUAAAGACUUCGUUCUAGAACAUUAUUGUUUCGCCGAUAAUGGUUCUGUGUAGUACCAUUUUUAUGUUGUGCCAGUGAACCCAGUUGCCAGAAACAAAUAUGAGUGUUCAUUAAAUGCAAGACGCUUCUACAGCUCUUACCAAGCA